UAACAUUUUCUACCAUUCCCUCAUGCUCAAGGCUGCUCAAGCCUUGGGAGCUGCCGAGAUUUUGAUCACUGAUUUGGAGCAGCAGCGCCUGCAUUUGUCCAAGGAGCUGGGCGCCACACACACACUGCUGCUGGACAGAGAACAGAGUGCCGAGCAGCUUGCCAAAAGAGUCCGUUCAACCAUGGGCCAGAGCCCUGAGCAAGCGGUCCUCGACUUUGCUAGGUCGAAUUACAUUGCCAAACUGAUCUCUUGGGGAUUUGUAUGUUUUGGUGGCCAUAUCCUUAGUGUCCUUUUAGGGUUGACCAGAAACGUGAAACGAAAAUACAUGGCGUUCGCUACUGCGACACCUAUUCGGCCGCUCUGGCUCUGGUGGCAUCGGGCAAAGUGAAUGUCAAGCGUCUGGUCACACACCACUUUGACAUCACGGAGACGGUAAAGGCGUUUGAGACGUUCCGCUGCGGCCAUGGCGAUGCAAUUCGGGUCUUGAUACAUGUCCAGCCCAGAGAUGCCAACAAUCCAGUUAAAUUUUAAAUAAAUAUAAUAAAACCAGAAUUUAUGAGAGUGA